AUGGAUGGAAUCAAAUAUGUAGUAGUUACAGACAAAAGUAUUCGGUUAUUGGUGAAAAAUCAAUAUACUUCUAAUGUCGAAUCAGGAUCAACUAGGACAGAAAUAAAGCAUUGGGUCGAACUCUUCUUUGGUGUCAAGGUAAUAGCUAUGAAUAGUCAUCGACUCCCCGGAAAGGGUAGAAGAAUGGGACCUAUUAUGGGACAUACAAUGCAUUACAGGCGUAUGAUCAUUACGCUUCAACCGGGUUAUUCUAUUCCACCUCUUAGAACGAAAAGAACUUAA